AUAACUCUGAAUGGAGAAUCUUUCACUGUGCAAGAGAACGUAGAGAGGGCUAUCCGGCGGUUAAGACAACGGAAGACGCCCCGGACCGUCUGGAUCGAUGCAAUCUGCAUAAACCAGAACGACACAGAUGAGCGUAAUUGCCAGGUUUUGCUGAUGAGAGACAUCUACAGCAAAGCCCAGCAGGUGUGCAUUUGGCUCGGGGAGCCCACGGAAGGCGGCAAGCUUGCCAUCGAUUUGCUGAAUGGCAACAAUUUCACCAUAGGCUGGCACCAGUGGAUGAUCGACAGGAAACACGGCAAGCCGGCAUUGCCUUGGCUUCAGACUUUGGGGAAUUCCGUGAGCGUACAGAACCGAACACAUCUGAUCCAAGAGCAGAACACUGGAGAAGUGCGAGAGUUCCUCGACCGCCCGUGGUGGAAGCGAGUCUGGAUCGUACAGGAGGUGGUGCUGGCUCGAAACAUUGUUGUCAUGUGCGGCGCAGACAUGGUUCCCUGGGAUAAAAUUGAUGAAGCCACGGCUCGUUACACGAGGCGUUUUGGUCGAGCCAGUUCCCCGUUUGGGAUCCACUCCAUGAGCGACGUCGUCUUCAACGAUGAUCGAUAUUGCACGCUGAGAUCUCUUCGACAGAGCUGGGCUCUCUCUUCAAACAGCCUUAGCCUAUACGACACCUUGUAUAGGUUUCGGGAGCUCCAAUGCAGCAAUCCCCGCGAUCGCAUCUACGGGUUUUUGGGAAUCAUCCCUUCGGAAAUCGCCCAGUCCAUAACGCCCAACUACCAUGUAUCGACAGCCAAAGUGUACCGGCAGUUCGCCAGAAAAAUCAUCGAGGUGACGGCAACACUUGAUAUACUGAACUGCAAGAGGGAGUGGCACUCUGGAGGUGACUCCAAGCUGGCUGACCAAGCUUACAACCUCCUUGACCAGGCCAAGUAUCACGAUGUCCAGGCUCGACUCGAUGACGGGCCAGAUCAAAAAUUGCGAUAUGGUUGGGCACGACUGCCCCUUGGGUGGGAGCGGAGAGUCCAGCAGGGGAAGAAUUCAUGCUAUUUUAUCGACCAUAAUACCGAGAAGCCGUCCCAGACUAGCCCUUUAGAGGCUUUAAAGCCAACCAAAGCCCAGAGCAUACCUAACCAGAGGCGCUUGCCAAAGGGGUGGGUAAAGGACUGGGAUAAUCUAGGUCGUGUAUCCGUUGAGUACUGCAAACCGUUGGCCGCUGCACCAGCUGCCACUAAAGAGAGAGACGAUGACCUGGUAGGCUUGGAACAAAAUCCGUCUUGGGUACCGUGCUGGGCUUUUCCCAUGGAGAAUGACCCUUAUCCGCUCUUGGAUUGGACAACCAACGAGCCUAGUCAUUGGGCAAUGGGAAAGAACAAAUUCGUAGACUUGGGCAGUGUUGGAUUGGACGAUAGCGAGCUAUGCCUGAGCGGGAUCUUGUUUGACGAGAUCAAGGUCAUCGGUGCAGCCUGGCAUCCGACAUCUCGCGCGCCACCAAUUUCCCGCCGUGGAAUACCGAUUCUUGAACAGUGGGAGACGCUCGCUCUCGCUCCACGUGCCGACUGCCCCUACAAUGGAGAACGGAGUGAAGCCUUGUGGCGUACCAUGAUUGCGGACUACGCCGGGGACCGCUCUGCACCCGCAGAGGACUGGUCAAUGGUUGAAGUCUGGAAUGAUCGUGUUGGAUGGGGGGAAGAACCUCCAGAGACGCAUUCGAUGGGAAUUCAUCAGACGACGAAAGCACAGGGAGCCUACGGCGAGCAGGAACUGAAGAUGUUUAGGCACCACGAGGAGAUCAACCCAGCGACCGACUCACCGACGGGCUUUAGAGAUGCGCUGAGAUGGGCGGCGGCGAGGCCAGGCGUCCUGCAAAAGAAGUACAGGAAAUACCUGCGGAAAAUCCACCGGGCCUGCGCCCAUCGCGCUCUUUUUGUCACUGCCAGAGGCUACCUGGGCUUGGCGCCUUGGAACGCGCGGGCUGGAGAUAAAGUAGCUGUGCUGGAAGGAGGAAAGACUCCCUUCUUGCUGCGUCCGGCGUCGACGGACGCGUACACUCUGAUUGGCGAAGCGUUUGUUUAUGGCAUCAUGGGGGGUGAG